AUGCCCACCUACUGGCUCUCAGACAGCCAGAAAAUCGGCGUCGCCUUCUGCACCGGCGGCGGCUUCUUCCUCCUCUUCGGCCUGAUCCUCCUCUUCGACCGCGCCCUCCUCGCCAUGGGCGACAUCCUCUUCCUCGUCGGCAUCACCCUCCUCCUAGGCCCGCAGCGGACGUUCCUCUUCUUCGCACGGAAGCAGAAAUGGCGCGGCUCCCUAGCUUUCUGGGCCGGCAUCCUCCUCAUCCUCCUCCGCUGGCCCUUCGUCGGCUUCGUGGUGCAGUGCUACGGCAUGUUCAUCCUCUUCGGGGAGUUCUUCAAGACGAUCGCCGGGUUCGCGUAUAAUAUUCCCGUUGUGGGGCCUUAUGUUGCGAGGGCGUUGAGUGUGGCGGGGGAUAAGGCGGGGGCGGAUGAGAGGGCGCACAAGGAUUUACCGGUUUGA